AUGGAGGCAGUGGAAGUCCGGACCAGCAUCAUGAAAAACAAGAAGAAAGGGCCGCCGGCCCCGCCGAAGGAGCUCCGCGUGGCGGCGGAUUGCUCUGGAUACGGAGCUCACGCAGCUCGGCCUGAAACGCAUGUGCAAUGUGCUGUUGCAUUUCUGUUUGUGCCUGAAGCCAAGAUUAUUGCUCUCGCCAAUAUGGACCUGAAGAUCCCAGUGAAGAACAUGCUCGCUUGCGAGAUCGACCCUGCGGUGAGGCGCAUGGCGUCUCGUGUGUCUGAUGCGGUGGACUUGCCCGCGUACGAGCAGCCGGUGAACAUGGUAGAGAGGCACUUAAGCCAGGAGAGUCUUGAGCUCUACAUGCUGACGGCACCGUGCCAGUCUUACAGUCUGGCCGGGAAGGGCCUUGGACUUGGGGAAGGGAGAGGGCAGCUCGUGGUAGAUGGCUGCGGCAAGAUACUGGACGAGAAGCCCAAGGCCUUCUUGUUCGAAAACGUGGCGAACAUCGACAAGCAGCACAAGCCUGUGUUGGACAAGUGGGAGAGCAUCCUGAAUGAUGCGGGCUACGUUGCUUGCCUGUAUGCCGUCUAG